AUGUCAAACACGCUGAGGAUGAAUCUGGAAGAUGUCGAAACUGCAUAUGACAUCAUGGAACAACUUCAAGAGAUGUUUGGACACAAUUAUGGGCAAGCUCGUUUCGAAACCAACAAGAAGUAUGCAAAUGCUAGGAUGACACUGACGAUGCAUGUUCGUGAUCAUUUCAUGAAGAUGACAAACUAUUUUCAGGAGGCUGAGUUGCAUGGAGCCACCAUAGACGAGGAGAAUCGAGUGGGGCUCAUCCUGAAUAGCCUUGCUCCAACUUUUCUAACGUUCACCACAAACUACUUCUUGAAUAAGAUGAAUUAUGGGAUGACUCAAUAG